CUUUAACAAACAAAAGUAGAUCAACUCAAAUGGCCUUUGUGCGUUCCUUCCUUGGAGGACUUCCGGGAAAGGCUUCUUUGAAAGCAGUCAGCUCAAGCUUUAUUGAGUCAACUCCACAAAACGUCUUUUCUCUUUUACCUAUUACAAUGGGUCGUCGUUACCAAUCCACCGGUCUCGAUCCCAAAGAUGCCGAACGUCUCAACAAGCUUCGUAACAUUGGUAUUUCAGCUCAUAUUGAUUCCGGAAAGACAACUUGUACAGAACGUAUUCUUUAUUACACCGGUCGUAUCAAGGAAAUUCAUGAUGUCCGUGGUAGAGAUGGUGUAGGUGCCAAGAUGGAUUCUAUGGAUUUAGAGAGAGAAAAGGGUAUUACUAUUCAAUCCGCUGCUACUUAUGCCAGCUGGGGUGAUAACAAUAUCAAUAUUAUUGAUACGCCAGGCCAUGUGGAUUUCACUAUUGAGGUGGAGCGUGCUUUGCGUGUGUUGGAUGGUGCUGUGAUGAUUUUAUGUUCUGUUUCCGGUGUGCAAUCUCAAACGAUCACUGUUGAUCGUCAGAUGCGUCGUUAUAAUGUUCCCCGUAUUUCUUUUAUUAACAAGAUGGAUCGUGCUGGUGCCAAUCCUUUCCGUAUUAUUGAUCAACUCCGCCAAAAGCUUAAAUUGACAGCCGCCGCUGUACAAAUUCCCAUCGGUCAUGAAGAUCAAUUCAACGGUGUUGUCGAUCUUUUGAAAUGGAAAGCUGUUUACAACGAAGGUGACAGUGGUCAAGAUUUAGUUGAACGUGAUAUCCCUGAAGAAUUAAUGCCUCUCGCUCUCGAAAAGAGACAUGAGUUGAUUGAACAAUUAGCUAAUGUCGAUGAUGAAAUUGCUGAUCUCUAUCUCUUGGAAGAAAUUCCUACCGCUGAACAAUUCAUGCAAGCCAUUCGUCGUGCUACCAUCUCGCUUAAAUUCACUCCCGUCUUGAUGGGUUCUGCCUUCAAGAAUACUGCUGUUCAACCCUUAUUAAAUGCUAUUGUUAACUUUUUACCUAACCCUACCGAGGUUGUCAACCAAGCCUUGGAUAUCAGUCAAGGUGAACAAAAGGUCGAUCUCGUUCCUAAUGCUAGUAGUCCCUUUGUUGGUCUUGCUUUCAAGUUGGAAGAAGGUCGUUAUGGUCAAUUAACUUAUAUGCGUAUCUAUCAAGGUGCUUUAAAGAAGGGUUCUUUCAUCACCAAUGUCAAGACAGGUAAGAAGAUCAAGGUACCUCGUCUUGUACGUAUGCAUGCUGCUGAUAUGGAAGAUGUUGAUGAACUCGGUGCUGGUGAAAUUGGUGCCAUGUUUGGUGUAGAUUGUGCUAGUGGUGAUACUUUCACAGAUGGUAGUAUCCAAUACACCAUGACCUCCAUGUAUGUUCCUGAACCCGUUAUCUCUCUUGCUCUUACCCCCAAGGGUAAAGAAUCUCCCAACUUUUCCAAGGCAUUGAACCGUUUCCAAAAGGAAGAUCCUACUUUCAGAGUUCACGUUGAUUCUGAAUCCAAGGAAACCAUUAUUUCUGGUAUGGGUGAACUCCAUUUACAAAUCUAUGUUGAACGUAUGAAGCGUGAAUACAGUGUCGAAUGUUUAACUGGUAAACCUCGUGUUGCUUUCCGUGAAACCAUUACUCAACCUGCCAAAUUCAACUACACUCACAAGAAACAAUCUGGUGGUGCUGGUCAAUUCGGUCGUGUUGUUGGUCAACUUGAACCUAUGGAAAAGGAUGAAGAAACUGGAAAGGAUAUUGCCUUUGAUAACCGUGUUAUUGGUGGUAACAUUCCUACCAACUAUAUCCCCGCCAUCGAAAAGGGUUUCAAUGAUGCCCUUGAUAAGGGUCCUCUUAUCGGUCACCCUGUCAAUGGUGUUCGUAUGAUUUUGGAAGAUGGUGCCUCUCACGCUGUUGAUUCCAGUGAAUUGGCUUUCCGUAUCGCUGCCAAGAACGCUUUCAAUGAUGCUUUCGCUAAGGCCAGACCUGUCAUUUUGGAACCCAUCAUGAAUGUCGCUAUUACUGCUCCUAUCGAAUUCCAAGGUUCUGUCAUUGGUGGUCUUAACAAGCGUAAGGGUACUAUUGUCGAUACCGAGAUCCAAGAAGAUUACUUUAACGUUACUGCUGAUGUCCCCUUGAACGAUAUGUUUGGUUACUCUACCGAAUUAAGAUCCGCCACUCAAGGUAAGGGUGAGUUCUCCAUGGAAUAUAAAGACCAUCAAGCUGUUCCUUCCAACGUUCAAGAGAACCUUAUUCAAGAAUACAAGAAGGAUUUAGCCAACAAGGCCAAUAAGUAAAAAACUAUCUAAAUAUGUAAUUUUACCAUACAAAAAAAAAAAUUAGAAAUAAAUGUAAUAUAUAAAUCAAAAAAAAAAA